AGAGAACAGUUUUUAACGGGAUUACUAAUCCUUCUGGAGGAACUGACAUUAAUACCUGUGAAUGUGUUCAAGUGGACAGAUGAAGAGUGUCAGACACGUUAUAGAUGAGAUCAUGCAGCAGGAGAUCAGGCCCCUGCUGGCUGUGGACAUCAUCGAACAGCUUCACCGCCAGUUUGCCUUGCUCUCAGGAGGGCGAGGCAAAGAUGGAGCCCCCAUCAUCACCUUCCCAGAGUACUCAGGCUUCAGUGAAGUGCCAGAGGAAGACUUCCUCAAUGUUGUUACUUACCUGACCAGCAUCCCAAGCCUGGAUGCUGCCAGCAUUGGCUUCAUCAUCGUCAUCGACCGGCGCAAGGACAAAUGGAGCUCUGUAAAGGCUUCUCUGUCCAGGAUCGCUGGGGCAUUUCCAGGAAACCUGCAGCUGGUGUUGGUGUUGCGGCCGUCCAGGUUCUUCCAGAGGGCCAUCGCAGACAUCGGGAUCAAGCUGCACAAGGAUGACUUUAAAAUGAAGGUACCGAUUGUGAUGCUGAACUCUCUGUCGGACCUACACGGCUAUGUGGAGAAAGGCCAGCUGACUAGGGAGCUGGGGGGAAACCUGGAGUACUGCCACAGUCAGUGGAUACACCAUCGAACUGCCAUAGAGAACUUUGCCAUGACGGUGAAAACCACAGCCCAGAUGUUGCAGAAGUUUGGGACAGAUCUGGCAGAGACGGAGCUUCCCAAUGACGUUCAGUGCACCAAAGACUUGCUCACAGCACACACUGACAAACACAACAAUCUGAAGGAUGAACUGAGGUUAGCUCUGAAGCAGGGCACCACCUUGUUUGGUUGCAUCAAGGAGCAGGCAGCCAAGUCAGAGAAUCACAAACUCAACCCUGAUGAGUUGGAAAAUCAAACCACCGUGGAGAGGCUCCUGGCCCAGCUGGAUGAGACGGAGAAUGCCUUUGAACAGUUCUGGUGUAAACACCAUCUGAAACUGGAGCAGUGCCUGCAGCUACGCCACUUUGAACAGGACUUCAGAGAGGUCAAAGUGUCUCUGGACAGUUUGAUGGACAGUCUAACCAGCCUAUUAGGAAUCGGGGAUUGUGUGACCAGAGUUGAACUGCUGCUGAAAGAGCUGAAGACACUGGAGGAGAAGGCUAAGCCCACACUGGAAAAGGCGCAGCUCCAUGCGCUGCACGGUGACCAGCUGAUCCAGAGCAACCACUACGCUGUGGACUCGAUUCGGCCCAAAUGUGUAGAGCUCCGACGGGUUUGUGACGACUUCAGCAACGAGUCCCAGAAGAAGACAGACGUGUUGUCCAAAUCACUGCAGAUACACACAGGCAUUGAUAAGGUGAACCAGUGGUGUGAGUCCGGCAUCUACCUGCUGGCUUCCCAGGCUGUGGAUAAGUGUCAGUCACAGGACGGGGCAGAGUCAGCUCUGACCGACAUUGAAAGCUUCCUUGAGUCUGCACAGAAAAAUCAACUGACCGAGCUGAGGAACCUCCACAACCAGUACGAGGUUGUCCUGUCAGAGGAUAUCAAGGCCGGAGUCCUGAAGGCACUGAAGCGCCUGGAGGAUGUCCAGGAGAUGUUUGAGAAGAGGCACGUCAGUCUGAAGAGGCUGUCGGCUAAACAGACGAGGCCCGUCCAGCCUGUUGCCCCGCGGCCUGAGUCCUCUCCUAAACGGCCUUCACUGAAGAACCCGCCUAGGAAUACAGGAAGCCAGCAACCCCUGGCCCGGAGAGCAUCUGAUAACUCCAACAGUGGUAAGCCGCCAACUGAAGUUGACCCCAACAAGAAGAAGAACAUACGCAAGGCCAAAGGAGGCAUCAAGAUUGAGGUGAUGCAUGAGGAAAGCCAAGGAGGCUCCACCCAUGUUGUUGUCACCAAUGAGACAGAGGAGAGUCUGUCCAACAGACGCAGACACAUCAUGACUGAGCUGAUUGAAACAGAGAGGCUGUAUGUGGAGGAACUGCAGAGCAUCAUGGAGGGUUAUUUUGCAGAGCUGGAUAACUCAGAGCUCAGCCACCUCAUCCCUCCCUGCCUUGAAAACAAAAGGGAUGUACUUUUUGGAAACCUGCCAGAGAUAUAUGAAUUUCACAACAAGACAUUUCUGAGGGAGCUGGAGAUCUGUGCUGAGAAACCAGAGAUGGUAGGAACCUGUUUCCUAAAAAGGAAAGAAGAGCUCCAGGUGUAUGAGAAGUACUGUCAGAAUAAACCCCGCUCUGAAGUCCUGUGGAGACAGUGUGGAGACAGUCUCUUCUUUCAGGAAUGCCAGAAGAAACUUGACCACAAGCUUUCUCUGGAUGCUUACCUGUUGAAGCCUGUCCAGAGGAUCACCAAAUACCAACUCAUGCUCAAGGAGAUGCAGAAAUGUAAUAAGGGCGAGGGAACGGCUGAGCUGGAAGAGGCCUUAGCCACCAUGCUGGACAUCAUCAAGUCUGUCAAUGACUCCAUGCACCAAAUAGCGAUCACUGGCUUCGAGGGAAACCUGAGUGAACUUGGGAAGCUGCUAAUGCAGGGAUCCUUUAAUGUGUGGACGGACCACAAGAGAGGCCACAGCAAGGUGAAGGACCUGGCCAGGUUUAAGCCCAUGCAGAGGCACCUGUUCCUGUAUGAUAAGAUGCUGCUGUUUUGUAAGAAACGUGAGGAGACCACAGACGGACACGAGAAGACACCAUCCUACAGCUUCAAGCACUCGCUCAAGAUGAGCGCUGUGGGGAUCACAGAGAACGUCAAAGGUGACAGCAAGAAGUUUGAAGUUUGGUACAACGGCAGAGAGGAGGUUUACAUCACCCAGGCUCCUUCCAUGGAUGUGAAAAAUAUGUGGGUGUCAGAGAUCCGCAAAGUUCUUACAGGCCAGCUAGAGGCGUGCAGAGAAGCCAGCCAGAUCAACAUCUACGGUGGCCCCAUGAGGAACGUGCGUAAGAUGACACUUAGACAGUCCGAUUCAUCGAGCCCCGAGUCUGGAUUCAGGAGGUCAAACCCCAGCCCUAAUAUGAGGCAGAAGAGAGCUGAUACUUCAGCCAGCCAAUCAGGCCACUCGGCUGCUAACGCUAGGAAACGCUUCACCUUGCAGGGACUUUCCAACAGGAGGUCUCUUCCAGCAGACCCUGCUGCUAAGGAGUCAGAGCCCACCCGCCGCUUCUCUCUUACCUCCUCUCUUGCCUCAUCCACCUCCUCCUCCUUCACAACCAGACGCACAAAAGGUCCUCUCUCUGCUAGCAUAAAGAGCAAGAGACACGAGAUUAAGAGUGAUCCCACUCCGUUUGGUUAUGAAGAUACUUUGCGCGGUGCUAUGGCUGCAGUCAGGAAACGUCAGAGCAUUACUAACAGCACUGCUGCUGCUGCCGUCAGCGCGACUGUACCUAGAUCCACCUCCCAACCAGGCUGGGCCCAGCGGCGCCUCCCUUCGAUGGACACAGACGACUUUGAGACAAUUCCCUCCAGUGCAGAGGAAUCCUCCAACUCUUCAGAUGAGGAGGGCAACAACAAAAAUGGGGACAGCGGGCGUUUCCGGGUGCAGCUGACCUAUGAGUCUCGAGAAGCGAAAGACCUCUCUCUGGAGACGGGCGAUCUGGUUCAGUUUGUGGAAGAAGCAGAGAACGGACACUGGCUAGUGAAGAACCUUAUAACAGAGGAGACAGGGCUGGUCCCACCCAGUAUACUGCAAACAGCAUCUGAAGGAGAUAUCUUCAGUGAUAUGUGUACAGCAGCACUCUCCGACUCGGAUGAAAAUGAAGCCAGCACCUGGGGAGACGUGUCUCAGGACAGCAGAUAAACCAGAAUUACUGUUGUAGUUUGAUACCAUGGACUACAAACUUUUCUGUUGAAUCACAAAAAACAUGGCGUUGACUCUGAAAGUGAUUUUUAAACUGCAAUUUCCUAAAGUGGACUUUAAAAUCCCUGACUCCUUGUUUUAUACUCUUGGUGGACUACAAAUAUGCCUGUUAUUGUGUUAAGACUGUUUCCCUACAUGGCUUGUUGAAGCUUCUUAGUGCAGCUUCUGGAAAAAUCUGGAACUUAACCUGCCUGAAUGCAACAGUGGGAAAGCCAUACAAGACUCUUGAUCUGAACAACUUACGAGCUGUUGUCUGUGGGAAAUUGAAAACUGCAUGGACGUGGACGCUGAACUUUAAAUUCAAGGUUGGAUGGAUUCACAUUAUGUACUGUAGACAAUGCAGCUCCCAAGUGGCCGGGCUGGAUACCUGAGAGUUCACUUCUCAUUUCUGACUUGGAUAACCUUAGGGAAAAGUGAGAGAUUCCAUGUGCUGGUUGUGAGGCAGCCUUGGCGAGCUGCCCUGUUUCGCUGCUAUGCUGCACUCAAGCAAAACUCUCUCAGACCAGAUUCUGCCUCUGCUGACCCGCUUCGGCUGCUUCAACUUUUCAGGUUCAGACACUUCACAGUCAACAGCAGCCUCCAGAAGAACCUAAAAGUUUUCUUGCUUGUCUUUCCUGAUCCUGCUAGAGUACAAACAUGUCGAAAUUACAUAAGUUAUGAUAUCUCUACAUGUCAACUCUCACUCCCUGUAGUCAGAAAAUAUCUGGAUAAAUUGCUCUAAAGGGUCGAAAGAUAUCUCCUUUUCUAUGUUUGAAUUUAUAACCGAGACACUCGUUCUCUGUGCAAUGAUGAAGAAAAAUACCUAUUUUACAUAUGGUUAACUUUCACUGGGAUAAAUUGUACUAUUACGUGUUUAUCCGCAGAGUUUCAUACAGUAGAAAAAGGUCUGACAAAAACCUUUCAGAAACAUAAAGUUAGACUUAGCUGAAUUUCAAGAUCUUGAGGCUGUAAUGCACAUUAAUAUUUGGUAUGUGAUGUCUUUAUUUGCAUAGGUCACUGAAAGGCUCCACUAGAAAAGGCUUUUGGUGAGCUCUAGUCUGACUUCUUAUAACUAUGUUUGCACCAACUAUUAACAUAUAGAUUGACAUAUUGAUUUAAUUAUAUAACUCAACCAUUUUUUCAUCCCUCCAGGGCUGCAAAUGCCUAAAAAAGUUGACAUGAGUGACUAGGCAAACAUUUGCCAAUCCAGACAUCAAGCAUUGAGGAACACUGGAAUUCUUCCAAGUUGUGUUUCUGGGGACCUUCUGGGUAACUUCUCUGUUUUGGUCAAAGUUUUGUAACAAUAUUGUGUAUACUUUCCAAAGCUAAUGAGGCUAUUUAAAUGAAGUUAUUCAACAGUU